CAGAAAUCAUUUUAAAUGAUUUAGGCCUAUUUGAAUAUAACAAACAAACAACUUUUACCUUCCGAAAUUGUACAAAAUAUCCUCAUAUCGGAGGCGGCAGAAUGAAAAACAUUUUCAGUUCUAUCUGAAUUGAACUGAGAAUGAGAAUGAAAAUGAAUGGACGAGGAUUUUGAUAAUUAGCAAAGCACAGGUGAGUUUGAAACUUGUUUCCAUGGCGGCAUUGUGUGUGACAGCGGAAUUGGUUGGCCUGCCUGGGCUCAAGGUGAACCUGCAUUGGCCAAGGUCAAACAGGGCUUGUUUACAUGGAACAGGGAGAAGGCGAACGCAUUCAUUGAAGGCAACUGUUGAUCCCCAAAGCUGUAUUGAAAAAGAAGAUCGAACAAUGAGUACAGAGGCCUUUCAUCAGUUCAUUAGUUUAAGCCAGGGCUCAUGGAAUGGCUCCUUCUGUCAAUACGACAUCAUGGGGAAUGCAAUGCAACGUGUUAAUACCAACUUAGCUGUUACCUCCUAUGGGGAAGAUGAACUUGUCAGUCUCAUGCAAACGUUGAAGAUAAAGCAAGCCCCACCGAAGACAUCAAUAUUGGGAGGUCACACAGAACCGGAAUGGGAAGAAUACAAGCUCAGGGAAACUAAUUUGUUCACAAUUGACAACCAUGAGCAGAUAGGAUUCUUCCCAGAAGGAAAGGCAUUUUCUCUUAGACACCAAUCUGCAGAUGUGGUGGACAAAGUUUUGCGUGUGGGAGUUCUUGGUGAAGAUGAUGUUGAUGAAGAAUUUCCAAAGAACUUAAAGGUGCCCCCACGACGCCCUUCUGUUGUUUCUGAAAGCUGUCUUUAUUCCAUGGACAAAAACAGACGAAUGAGAGCAUUUCACAUCCUGAAUCAACAUGGUAUUGUUGAUAUGAUUGGUGUGUUUCAGGAGAAUAAGGAAAGAGAGAUUACUUCUGCAAACACAUUUGACUAUUAUGAGAAGAAAAAUGAAGAUAGAAUAAAUGCAUUGUUAGGUAGAUGGUUGGGACAUUCUGUAACAAAACGAAGUGGAUUUUAUGGAUCAACAAUAGCUGAAGCUGAUAUUGAUCUAAAGCUUCAAAUGGAUGAUAAUGGGAGAUUAAUUCAGGAUAUAAACACAAUUUCUGGAGGGGGUUCAAAUGUUCACUGGACUGGAAAUGUGGAAGGUGGUUGUGUGACCUUUGAUGGAGGUUUUCAAAUGACGUUAUUGCCAGGAGACAUGUAUUUAGCGUUUCCACAAAAUGUAGCAAAAAGCGUUGCAGAAUCUCAGUCAUUUCAUUUAGAAUUCUCAUGGAUGGAAUUUCCUGGCAAGCGACGCAGGCUAUUGCGGACUUAUGAUGCUCAAGGAUUGGUUGUUUCCACUACUUACAUUAAUGAAGUUAAAGUUUAAUAUUCACAUUUCUAGAUUUUGACGCUUAUUUAACUAUCGUUGUACUUUUAAAUGUAUGGGAGGCGAUUGUGUAAAAAAUGGAAAGAAGUAUUGCACGUGUAAAUGUCAGUGCUGCAUAAUUGUAUUAGCCUUUGCAAGAAGUUGCACAUUCUAGCUGCAAGUUAUAGAAAAUGAAGCCCUUCAAAAACAGGAAGUUAUAGAAAAUGAAGAGUUAAAUUACUGGGUUCUGUGUAGAAAUAUCUCACGUGAAGUCUUGAUUCUUCCAGUAAGGAUUGGUGCAAGAAAGGAAGUGUAUCCUUCUCAUGUAUUAUUAUUCCUGGAGAAGUUUAUCAAAUUUUUGAAGUCAUCUGAAAUUGGCAA